AUGAUCAAUCUUAGCCGAGCUCUCCGAAACAAGUUCGAUUGCUUUCCAUUUCUAUUCUCUGAAAGUGAUGAAGUUGGUGUCUCUAUUGGGAAUUUGGGUUGGCCGUUAGCUAACACUGUUGUAUUCGGAGUGCUGUUGACGGAGAAUUACAACGAAGAUAAGUUUUCGAGCUCGAAGAAAGACUCUGAGAGGGAGUUUCUGGUUACAGUUUUUGUGGCUGGUUUCAUGAGCAAUAGUCUUGGAUUGAUCUCAGACGCUUGCCACAUGUUGUUUGAUUGUGCUGCUUUGGCGAUUGGUCUCUAUGCGUCUUAUAUCUCUCGUCUUCCUGCAAACCAUCAGAAAUUUGAGAGUGUGGAACGGAGCUUGUGCCUUGUCUUGUACAUAAGCAACGAUGGUAUCAGAGAAGCUGUCUCUGCUUUAAAUAUACCUUCUGAUAUCCCUUCUGACAUACCAUGAGAGGAAUGGCGCGGCCAAAGCUGUUAGUGUCCUCCUGGCAGACAUUGUGAUACAUCUUUGUUCCAAGUAUGUAUAUUCUUGCUUUCCUGUUGAUGCUAAAUGCCUAAAUCAUAAAUGUAGCUUUCUAGUUACCAGUCAGAGUUAAAGAAACAUUCACCAGAAACGCCUUGUUGCUGGAAUUCUAUGGAAGUAAUCCUUAUGUCAACAGAUUUUAUUAUUUCUCCUCGGAGACUUUGAAGAAGAGGCAUAGACAAUUGCAGAGAACUUUCAGAGUUGUGCUCUCGGACAUUAAGCUCAUGAGUCAUGACUUCUUCAAUCCAUGAGCUUUCUGGAAAGAAAUUGCGGACUGCUUGUUAAAGUGCCUUGGAGACGAGGAAACUUAUUACCGUAAACAAACUUCAGAGUUGCUGAAGUCAUUUGUUAAAUUCAUAUAGUCAAAAUACAAAACAUAGCAGGACUCCAGACGCAUAAACAGCUAUAAUAACUGUGGUCCGCUACUUCAUCAGGUAAUUGCUUCUAACUCUUGUUAGUACUCAGAGAAAUCUAGCUGAUAGGGAUGGUGUGGAGAGAUGGUAGAGUAGAUGUCUGAAGUAGACUGCUCUCAUCAAACUGAAGAUCAUAGCUUGAAAACAUAUCUGAGAGGUCUUGAGAGAAGCUACUGUUGCCGAACAUAAUACCAUAAGGAUCCUGAAAGUCAGAACAGAGGUUAUCUGAAACUGUGUUUGAGAGACAAGGAUCGAGAACGUUGCUGUUGAUAGUAUCACUCGUACACAUGCUCUGAUCAAAUCCAUACGGCUCUUGCUACGUCAAGUGAUUCAACCCGAAGUCAGUAACAGAUUCAUGCAACUCUUGCGUGUUUGAGAAGCAAGGAUGUUGAAAGUUGAGGCUGUUGGUAGUAUCACUCAUGCACAUGCUCUGAUCAUAACCAUAAAGCUCUUGAGGCAUCAACUCAUUCAUCCCGUAGUUAUUCACAGACUCCUGUACUGGUACCGCUUGUGUGUUUGAGACGCAAGGACCUUGAAAGUUGUUGCUGUUGGUAGUAUCACCAAUACAGAUGUUCUGAUCAUAACCACAAAGCUCUUGAGGCGUCAACUGAUUCAAGCCGUAGUUAUUCACAGAUUCUUGUGUGUUUGAGUCGCAAGGAAGUUGAAAGUUGUUGCUGUUGAUGUAACCCAUAGAUAUAUUCUGACCACAACCAUUAACCUCUUGAUGCAUCAAGUAAUCAUCUGUGAAAUUGGUGAAAUUUGAUGCAGAGAGUGGGAUUUGAGAGAGAGUAGCAUCUUCGUGGUUAUACAUAACUAGCGAGAACUUGCUAGGGUUCAAGGAUUGGGUCUGAUGAAGGUUCAGAGAGGAAGGGUUCAAGGAUUGGGUCUGUUGAUGGUUGAGAGAGGAUGGUGCUAAACCCUUAUGAUCUUCCAACUUUGCCUUUGUCUGUUUCCGUGCCUCGAGAAAAAACGACGCCUUUCUUGCAAGAUGGAGCGCUUUCGUAGCAAGGACUCCAUCAGUUGGGAGAUUUGGUCGGGAGAGUGGUGAUCAGAGAGUGGAUACUUUAGUUGAUUCGAGUUCGUCGUCCUCGGCUUCUUCGUCAGAUUCGUCGCCUUGGUCUUGUUCUUGUUCUUGUUGAGGAACCCAUAAAGAUUGACGCUUUUCUUGCGCCUCUUGGCGUCGUCGAGACGACUAUACCGAAGAGCCAAGUCUCUCACUUUCUGUCGAUCCUUAGGC